UUGCAACCGGGAGAGUUGGGAAUUCAUGAGCCGCUUCCAAGACAAGCUUGAGGCCAACACCUACCGCGAGUGGAAGGAGCACUACAUCGAGUACGCGGCGCUCAAGCUCGCCGUCAAUGGCAUGCGCGAGGACGUCGCGGGCUUUGACCUGGAGGCGCAGCUCGACAAGGUCGUCGAGCUCCAGUUCCUCGUCGGCGCCGCCGGCUCGACGGUCCAGAGCUUCGAGAAGCUCUUCAUCAAAGAGUACUCCAAGGUUGAGACCUUUUACGUCGCGAGCAUCCGCGAGUUCAAGCUGCAGCUCGACACGCUCCUCAAGCAGCACCACAACAACAUGACCGAGGCGACGCGCCAGGCCAUGAUCGCGGCCUGCAUGGAGCUCUACCGCCUCCUCAACAUGCUCGUCAACUUUGCAAUGCUCAACUACACGGGCUUGACCAAGAUCUUAAAGUCGCACGAGAAAAAGGUCAGGUCGCAAGAGUCGAUCCGGUACGUCUUUGCCGAGAAGAUCGAGACGUGCGCCUUCGCGCAGGCCACCGAGGCGCGGGCCGAGGUCCUGCGCCUCGAGGACUGGUUCACGCGCACGUUCCACAGCGGCAAUCGGCCGGUCGCGAUCUCGGAGCUCAUGUCGCGCCGCGUCGAGAUCGUCGACUGGGCGCAGGCGUACAUGGGCGUCAAGUUUGGCUGCCUCCUCAUGCUCGGGCUCUGGGUCAUCUGGGACGCCGGCAUCAUUCCGAGCAUCGCGACCAACGAUAACCAUCUGCGGCUGCUCCUCACCAAAGGCUUCCCGCUCUUCCGGGGCAUGGGCUGCGUCAUCCUCUUCAACUGGCUCAUGGGCGUCUCGCUCUACGUGUGGCGCUCGGCGCGCAUCAACUACAAGUACAUCAUGGACCUCGACCCGCACAAGACGAAGGACUACGACCAGGUGUUCCACGACGCCGCCCACGUCAGCAUCGUGUACCUCGUGUGCAUGCUCGUCUACUACAAGGUCUGCAACGACGAGUUCCCAGAGUCCAAAGUCGUCCACCGCGGCUACGUGCUGCUCGUGCUCUUCCUCUACAUGAUCUACUUUUACCUCAUCCGCGACUGGAAGCUCAAGAUCGGCCUCGUCAAGGUCGUCGCCGAGAUCUUCGGCGCGCCGUGGUUCCCCGUCACGUUCCUUCACACGUUCAUUGGCAACUACAUGCUCAGCAUGCAGCGCAUGAACCAAGACAUUGCGUGGUCCGUCUGCUUCUUCGUCACGGGCGAGUUCCUCGAGACGGACGACCUCCAAAUGCUGCACGCAGGCGGCACCGACAUGAAGGGGUACCUGCACAACCACACGAUGCAAGGCAUCGUUCCGUCCAAGUGCUACAAGAACUUUUACUACGCCAAGGUCGUCGUGCCGCUGCUAUGUGCACUCCCGCUGUGGUACCGGUUCCUGCAGAGCCUCCGGCGCAUCUACGACAUGAAGCAGUGGUGGCCCGGCGUCGGCAACGUCAUCAAGUUUGGCCUGACGAUGAUCGUCGUGCUCUUCGGACUCUUCCACCCGUUCCACAACCCGGUCCGGCCCAUUGAGUCGAUCAGCCCGCUCCAGCAGGUCUGGAUCGCGGGCUUUAUCAUCGCAUCUUUCCUCCUCUGGUUCUGGGAUGUGACCAUGGACUGGGGGCUCAUGCGACCCGAGCACAAGUUCCUCGCCGAGCGCCACAUGUACCCGCGCCGCACCGUGUACUACAUUGCGAUCGUCGCCGACUUUUUCCUCUGCUACGCCUGGGUGCUGACGCUGAUCCCGCCCUCGGCCGAGCAGGCGCUCAACCACAGCUUCUUCGUGUACAUCCAUCCGUUCUCGAUGGUGCUCGAGCCCAUCCGGCGCACGAUCUGGAGCUUCUUUACCGUCGAGAACGAGCAUCUGCGCAACACGAUGGGCUUCCGGAAGGAGCAGUUCGUCCCGCUCUUCUUCGAGCGCGGCGUGGGGGCGCCGCCGCCAGACGACACGUCCGAGACGGCGCAGCGUCUCAAGCGACGCACCAAGCUCCUCAUUUCCGGCGUCAUCGCGUUCGUCCUCUUCCUCGCGCUCGCCGCCAUGACCAUUGUCGAGGAGACGACGAUCCCGACCAAUUGA